GCGACGUCAUCAUCCACUUCCUCGAAGUUGCAUGUCGCCAUCGGAGCUGCCACGUGCCUAUACCUUUCUUGUUAGAGAAUUUUCUACCCGUUAAUCAGAAAAUCCGACCGUGACUCAAACCUAUCUCCCGGCCAAUAAUAGCGACGACGAUCGACGACCCCACCUCGAGCUACCCACCCGGCCACUGGCUCCGGGCCCCGCCUGGCUCUCGCUUCUCCUCCGCCCGUGUUCUACUUCCACCUGUCCCGUCGCCAUCCAAACUGCUUUCCACGUGUCACCUCGCGCCUCCUCUGCAAUCUCCUUGUUGCCGCAUUACGCCCACCGUCUAUUCAUUUGCCCUACCCAACUAAGACCGCCAGCUGUCGCUCCCAGCCAAUUAGAGGCGGAAAAGGCAUUGAUACACGUGCAGAUAUGGACACGUGUCGGAUUCCUUUGUGCUAUUUAACUUACUCCGCCUUUGCAUGUCGUCAGUAGCGGGACCGAUAAAUGAAGUUAGAUUAAAGCGGAGGGAUCGAAGUGCAAGAUGGAGCGGAGAGGCGGUUGCUGCAUCGGCAUCGCCAUGUACGGUGGAGGCGGAGACGCCGAGGCGGCGUGGAGGAUGGGUCGGAUCAUGCUGAGGUUCCGCCCGAUCGCCCCCAAGCCGGCCGCCGGUUCCUCGGAGGUCGUCUCCGCCGUCUCUGAGUUGUCUCCUCUGGGAAGGAAAACGAGGCGGAAGGGUUCUGGCGCUGCUUCAAGAGGGAGGAAGAAGAGGAAGGUGGAGGCCAAGCCAUCGCCGUAUUGUAAGGAUGAUCAGAAGGCGUCGGAGUUGUCUUCCUCCGCGAACACCACAACGACGAUCUGCUCGCCCACGAUCGUGACGCUCCCGCUGAUGCCGGAGGCGGACGAGCGGAGGGGCGACACGGCGGAGCGCCAGCGCACGUCUUCUGGAUCUGAGCGUCCGCUCCUUGCGCCGGGGUGGAUUGGGUGCGAGGAGGCGGCGGCGAGGGCGCCUUGGCUGGUGACGGCGGUGGGAUCGUGGGUGACGGUGGAGAGCGUGACGGACACGUGGAGGGAGUGGGAGGUCGCUUGGAGGAGCGACGAGGCGGUGCGGGCGGCGCUGGCGGUGGACGAGUGCCCCGGGUUGAUAUCCGACGAAUGGAACCGGGUCACGUGGACCAACGAAGCGUACCGGAGGAUGGUGGCGGGCGACAGUUCGGACGAAGGCGCCGGCGGAGGCAGAGCGGAGGAGGAGGCGCGAGUGAGGCUGGUGGCUCGGGCGGCGGUGCCGGCGGCGGAUGCGUGUCGGGCGUUCACGUGCAGGAUGCGGGUUCACUACAGGAAGCAACCCGGGAGGCCGGAGCGGGCCUUGUCGUCGCUUGCGGCUCCGUGCGACGUGUGGAGGCUGGACGACGGCGGCAGAGCGUGGAGGAUCGACGUGAAGGCGGCGUUAAGUCUCAGCCUGUAGCGCGUCCGCAGGAAAUUAAAAAAAAAAAAAAGGUAUGCGUGUAAAUCUGUGUGUGCAUAAGAAGCGGAAUGGCUCUGUAUCUCUCCAACAAGAAUUUGGUGUCGCAUGAGCUUGAAAUAAGGCUACAGAAUGAAAUACUUAAACUAGAAAAAAAAUUGAAAUAUAAGUCUAAAUU